AUGAGGUUGCAAGAACUUCAAGAUGCUAUAAACAAACUUCCAUUGAGACAUCCAGUCGACGUCAAAUUGUAUUGGAGAGCAUCUGAGCUAGGUCAGAAGGUUUUAUAUGAAACAGGUUGCUUCGACGAUGUUUAUGAGAUAACAGGAGAAGUUUCUCAAAAGAUAAGAGACUCGCUUGAAUUUCCACGAACUGGACCGAUUGGAUGCGACAAGUUCGACUCAAACGAAAAAAUAUACUAUGUCGACCUUAACGCUGCGUACAUGAGGUUCGUCCAAUAUAUUCCAACUGGAAUUCCAAACGAAGACGGUAAGUUCCCGGGAAGGAACUAUACAGUUGGAAAAGUCAUACAACAACUAUAUGAUAUUAGGAAAGCUUCAAACCCCAAACUUGCAAUGACAAUCAAAUUGCUUAUGAAUUCGACAUGGGGAUAUUCCAUUAAGAAACCUCAAAAGAUGAAGAGUAAACACUAUGAGAAGGUCGACAACUUUGUUGAAAGGUUUUCUCCUUUUGUUUUGAAGUACGAGUUCACCGAAGGUCAAAAUGGCUUAGUAACCACAGUAAAACCUAUUGUCGAACAUUGGUCUUACCCUCAGUUCGCAAAGGCAGUCCUUGACAACUACAACAAAUUCUUCUCCGAGGUCAAAUCGAAAGUUGUGGUAUACUACGAGAACAUUGACGCACUCAUGACGAACGAAGAAGGAUACAACAAACUCAUUGAAAUGGGUUUAGUCGGUGAAAAGAUGGGUCAAUUCAAAUUGGACAAAAUUUUCACCGAAGUUCAUGUAAUAUCGAAAAGGAAGUACUGGGGUGUUAAAGAAGAUGGUGAAAUAGUUAAACAUUGCAUGAAAUAA